UCCUCAACAGAUCAUACAUGAUGCAGCGAAGGUUCGGCAGCCAGAUGAAAGCAAAGGCAGCAACCGUGCUGCUCCUUGUCCUCCUCGUAUGCCACGCGUUAUCCGCAGAAUGUGGUGAGGUGUGGGGAUCAGGCGGCCGUCGUCUGGAUUUCGAGAUCCAAGGCCGCGGUGGCGCCGGCGAGGUCAGCCUUGAGUGUGCCGGCCAAACUUUUGCGGAGGUGGUUCUCAAGGCGAUAACUGCUGGUGCUGUGAACCACUGGGGUCUUGCAGCUAUGGGUCGCUGCAGGAUUGCCUCGCGAACUGCCCCUCAUCCCCAUAGACGCCCUGCGGUUCCUCGGUACAGACGAUAGAGCGAUGCGAGUUUAAUUGGCUGGAUGAUGUGAAACUUUCACUUUGAAAGAGACGUCCAGGCUAGAAAUAGACAACACAAUUCUGGUGCAUGUCCGGCAGAUGGUCAAUAAGAGAGUUACCUUUUGAUCAACCGGAUCGCCAUCCUUUGUCAAGUCAAGAUGUCCACUAGUAGGCAUGAGGGUAUUCACAUCAUUGUAUUCUUGCAUGUUAAACUUCUUGAAUAAGUUCUUGGUAUACUUUGUU